AUGUCUCGCCCAAGGUCUCCUUCUAAGGCUUUGGUCUCAUCUUCCAGUAAACCUAAUCAACUUAUUGUCCCUCCUCCUUUGGAGUCAGUCACCCCAUCUCAUUCACUCGAAAUGAUUAACCGUUACCAAACUCUUGGUACCAUUCAUCGUCCUGAUUAUUCAUCUGCAUUGGCUUCUGAUCCUUUUGCCUCUAGCCAAUCAGUUUCAGUUACUCCAUUCCCUGUUAACCCUAUUAAACCAUCCCGAUCUGAAUACACCAAUUCACAUGUUACUAACCUGUUCUACAAAGAAUCUAGUCACCCCAAAACUCAAACCAUCAAUGAAAUUGCUAAAUUCCAUUUUGGCUCUGGAUGCCAUUUCACCCUUUCACAUCCAGAGAAAACCCUUUCCUACUACAAAGACAUUCUACUCAACCACCAUUCCAUUUUGAUCAAACCAAUCCAGGAUCGCACCUAUGCUUAUAAGAUCCUAUAUCAUUCAAUUUAUAUUCACAACAUUGUUUCCAUGGCUGAAUGGGGAAACCCUAACCAGCUUCAUAUCCUCCCUGAUGAUCUCAGUAACAUAAUUCAUUAUUUUGCCUCUGUUUACCCAUUCUCUACUCACCAACGGCAAUUUCCAUUAUUACUCAUAUUUAUUGCCAAAUACAAAAUUUCAUGGAUAUUCAAAUGGCAUUAUGGGAUUGAUGAUAAUAUCAUCAUUCGCCAACACACAGUUAAAUGGUGGGUGAAGUUCAAUGUUCCCAGAAUUCUUGAAAUUGUUCAAGAAGAAUUCCCACCAGAUCAGCAUACUCCAACUCCUGCUCUUGCUAAAGCCCAGCAGAACCCAACUGCUGAUCCAGUAAUAGGUGGCAGCUUACUGUUGACAUACACAACUGGCUAUGUUGCUCCUCUACUUCUAGCUGCUUCUUUUGCAGGAGCAUUGCAGAGCCUGCUUCUAGGAUUUGUCAAUGGAUUCUUGGUAUGGGAACUGACUAACCUGUGGGGCCUUCAGGUUUUUGUUAGAAAAGUUAUCGAGCUUCAUGACAAGUACAUGGCGUACGUAAAUAACUGUUUUAUGAACCAUACUCUUUUCCACAAGGCACUCAAAGAGGCUUUUGAAGUCUUCUGUAACAAAGGUGUUGGUGGAAGCUCGAGUGCAGAACUACUAGCCACAUUUUGUGAUAAUAUUCUUAAGAAAGGUGGGAGUGAGAAAUUGAGUGAUGAAGCCAUUGAGGAAACACUUGAGAAGGUAGUAAAGCUCCUUGCUUAUAUUAGUGAUAAGGAUUUGUUCGCUGAAUUCUACCGAAAAAAGCUUGCUCGACGCUUACUUUUUGACAAGAGUGCCAAUGAUGAGCAUGAGAGAAGUAUCCUGACAAAGCUGAAGCAGCAGUGUGGUGGUCAGUUCACAUCAAAGAUGGAAGGAAUGGUCACAGAUUUGACUUUGGCAAGGGAAAAUCAAACUAACUUUGAAAAGUACCUCAAAACCAAUCCAGAUGCAAGUCUUAGGAUUGACCUGACUGUUACUGUCCUAACUACUGGCUUUUGGCCUAGUUACAAGUCUUUUGACCUCAACCUCCCAGCAAAAAUGGUUAAGUGUGUGGAAGUUUUCAGAGAAUUCUAUCAAACAAAAACAAAACACAGAAAACUUACAUGGAUUUAUUCAUUGGGUACUUGUAACCUCAAUGGAAAAUUUGAACUCAAAACUAUGGAGCUCAUUGUGACAACCUGCCAGGCUUCUGUGCUGCUGCUUUUUAAUGCCUCAGACAGAUUGAGUUAUCAGGAAAUCAAGACUCAAUUAAACUUGACAGAUGAUGAUGUUGUUAGGCUGCUCCAUUCUCUUUCAUGUGCAAAGUAUAAGAUUCUUAACAAAGAACCAAACAACAAAACAAUCUCUCCAACGGAUCCAUAUUAGUGUGCUUUCUAUUCC